GUGAGGUGGAUGUUGACAAAGUGGUAUGUCUCCACCUGCUGUCCGUACAACACUACAAGACACUGUCUUGUGCUCAGGAGAAGAAUCUAAGAAUCUUUCCUAAACGAUCCAAGCCGAAUGUUUUGGAAACAUCUUCUUUGCCAUUCUACAUAUUAGAAAUCGAUCACAAAAUUUACUUGGAAUCGCGAACCUUUUUCCCACAAGGCCAAGAGGUAGUAAUUAUCGUUAACAGCAGUUUAGAAAAAUUGGUCACAUCAAUCACUGAAGUUCUAGAAAUAGUGAGUCCCCAAAAGCUGAAGAAAAUCAAAGAAGUGUUAUCAAGUAAAAAAUCUAUUCAGGAAGUGAUGAUCAAAAUGAAGAUUUUGAACUUUUUAGCACAACUGAAAGAUAAUCCGGUUUUACUGAAUGUGGAUGGUUAUAGGAUAGAAAUAGCUAAUUACACAGAAGAACCUGGCUUAGCAACCAACGUAUUGACAGUAAGCCAUAUCAUGGUAAAGGAUAAGUCUAGGAAAAUUGAGCAAAUUCAAAGAGAAAUCAGAACAAAAAUUAACACCUUUACGGAGAAGAACGUGGAAGUGGAGGAGUCAUGGGAAAUGCUUCAUAGGAAGUAUUGCAACUGUGGGAAAAGUGGUUCGUUACCCUCACUGGCUCAUGGUAGAACAAUAUCAUUACUGAAUGACGAGGGUACAGAGUUUGCUAGAGUCACUGAGUCCGGAUGUCGGCUGCCUAAAGGCUCUUCUGUUUUGACCAACUCUCUAACAGCAAUCAUCAAAUCUUCUCCCAGGGAAAGGAGAACAAGUAUACCAGACCAAGGCAGUAUGGUUCCUCUCAAUUCUUUGUCUUCAGCAAUAAAAAACCAAGAGGGGCGACUAAUUCGUUCAAUGUUGUACAAAGUUAAAAAUUCACACAGAAUUCUUAUAGGAAAAAAAGCCGCUGAGUUGAAGUUGCAACAUUCAAACUGUGAUAAGAAGGGGAAGCAAAAACUACCAAUUAACAAAAUAAUAGAGGGUGUCUUCUCAAGGGAUUCCUUGUUGUCUUUUGCGUCUACUGCAGAAAACGAAGAGCUAAAGAUAAUGUUCCAGCCCUGCUGCAAAGGGGGGUUAGGCAUGGGGUCGUACUUGUUAAAUACUAAAACAUCCAAUACGGAGAAAAAUAGAUAUCAGAGACAAUCAGCGGUCUGCUCACUCAUCGACGAUGAAGUGAUUCCACAAAUGAUCAAGCGAGAACAGAGUGUUAUGAAGAUUGCUCAAAUAAAACAAGAAAUAUUUAUGUCUGAGACAAGAAACAAAAUGAAAAAGUUUCUUCAAACUGAUAAUCCAGGAGAAGUUACUUCAAUAUCGUAGCUAUGAAUAUUAACAUUCAAUCCCUGGGAUCAACUAAAAAUAUUGAAUGUAAAUAAAACUAUUAAACUAAUGCGGAAUUUUAAAAUGAUCCAACCAACUUUUGAUAAUCAUAUUCAUUAUAGCUGUGGACCUAUAAGCUGUAGAGGUUAGUGUAG